UUAAAUGUUUAAAAUCCCUUUUUCAUAUCGAUACAUCAACCACUUUUACUUUUUUAAAUGGAAACUCCUCCUUUCCCUUCAGGUGUUGGUGCUAUCUCUCAUGACCGUGGAGCUGUUUGGUUUCAUGGGGCUGAUGGAAAUCAAGCUGAGCGCUGUCCCGGUGGUGAUCCUCAUCGCUUCUGUGGGCAUCGGAGUGGAGUUCACCGUCCAUGUGGCGCUGGCGUUCCUGACUGCCAUAGGGGAUCGUCACAAGCGGGCCGUGCUGGCACUGGAGCACAUGUUUGCUCCAGUGCUUGAUGGAGCUUUUUCCACAUUAUUGGGUGUCCUGAUGCUUGCAGGCUCUGAGUUCGACUUUAUCGUCAG